AUGGCCCUUGUGUCGUCGCCCAGUGCCUACUACCCACCGCCACCAUCGAGCACGCAGUCACACUCGUCUUCUUACACCAACAUUCCCACGCCAUUGUCGGAGUCACCGCCAUGCAUCCCCGGCAUUUCGACACCUUCUCUCCGAUCGCUCGUCGAUACCCCGGCUCCGUCUGUAGCACAGCACUCGUCCUGCCACAGUCAUACUACUUCUCUGCCACUCAAUUUUGCCUUCCCUGCUUCCUUAGAAUGGCUCCCGCCAACCCCCACCCAGCUUGCUCGCGCCGCAGAAAAGCCACUGGUUGCCUCUUCAGGUCUGCGCGUCCCUUUCGGCACCGUCUUCGCGCGCAAACGCGUCAUAGUAAUCUUCAUUAGACAUUUUUGGUGUCCGCUCUGUCAGGAUUACAUCCAUUCUCUGGCCUCACUUGCACCCCGCAACGCGGAUAUAGUAAUCAUCAGUAAUGGCUCUCAUGCGUUGAUUGACAAGUAUCGACAGAUAUUCGGCCUCCGAUUCCAGAUGUAUGUUGAUCCUGAGUUGGAGGUCUAUCGCGCUUUGGGGAUGGGUACAAUUGGUCAUUCAAGCUCACUUUCCCCACCCGUGAAGAGCAGAGCUCGCAGAGAAAAGGUUGAUAGCUAUGUGAGGAGGGGAGCUUUGGGAGGAAUUGCCAUGGUCGUGUUCAGGGCCUUGAAGGUCGGCAUGCCCAUGUGGGAAAAGGGGGGUGAGAGCACACAGCUUGGAGGUGAAUUCGUACUUGGCCCUGGGAUGAUUUGCACCUGGGCACAUCGGAUGCAAACGCGGGAAGGGCAUGCUCCUGUCACCGAUGUUCUCGAGGCCGCCGGGCUUCCUGUCCCACCCAGCGUGUCUCGAAUUGCUCCUUCGGUGGCUCUCAAAGCCAAGGAUCGAACACGCCGUGAAACCAUGGGGGAGCUUCGGGCGAGUGUUCGCUGGUCAGUCGAACGCAAGCGGCAGUCUGUUGACGGUAUGCCCUCAAAGGAGGAGAAGCGGCUGGAGAGGUACAAAAGCUUGGAAAGCAUCAAGGAAGCCAGCAUGGCUGCCAGGGGUGUAAAGUCGCCGAUCAUUGACGACGAAGACAUCGAUGAGGUGGUUUUUUUCAAAGACUAA